CGCGAUGUCAGAGCUGCUACCGCGGGAUUUGGGGCGGUGCUGCUGUUUGCUGAAACGCGUGGACGCAGUCUUUUUGCUGAGGUGAAGCAGCACAGCAGACACGAACUGCGUGCUGCCGCGGAGAUUUUCCAAUCAUGGUGUUGCUGCACGUGUUGUUCGAGCACGCGGCGGGCUAUGCGCUGUUCGCCGUCAAAGAAGUGGAGGAGAUCGGCAUGCUGCUGCCCCAGGUGGAGGCGAGCGUGCUGAGCCUCGGAAAGUUUAAUAGCAUGGUGAGCUUAGCCGCCUUCUUCCCCUUCAAGUCGGCCCAGGCCGCCCUGGAGAACAUGAACGCCAUCUCUGAAGGUAUGGUUCAUGCUGACCUGAAGCUGUUCCUAGAGACCAAUCUGCCCCAGUCUGGGAAGAAAAAAUCAGUGUUGGGGGUUUCUGAUGCCAAGAUUGGAGCAGCGUUACAAGAAGAACUUAGCAGUUCAAUCCAAACUGGAGGGGUGGUGGCUGAGAUCACACGAGGUUUGCGUCUGCACUUCCACUCUCUGGUGAAAGGUCUGACUGCCCUGGCUGCCUCCAAGGCACAGUUGGGUCUUGGCCACAGCUACUCCAGAGCUAAAGUCAAGUUUAAUGUCAACAGGGUAGAUAACAUGAUCAUUCAGUCCAUUGCUCUGUUGGAUCAGCUGGACAAAGACAUCAACACCUUCUCCAUGCGUGUCCGUGAAUGGUAUGGCUACCACUUUCCGGAGCUCAUCAAAAUUGUGUCCGACAACUCGAUGUACUGCCGCCUGGCUCAGCUCAUUGGAAACAGGAAGGAGUUGUCAGAGGAGAGCCUAGAAAGUUUAGAGGAGGUGGUGAUGGACAGUGCCAAGGCUCAGGCCAUCCUGGAUGCAUCACGCUCCUCUAUGGGUAUGGAUAUAUCUCCCAUUGACCUGAUUAACAUCGAGAGGUUUUCGAGUCGUGUCGUGUCUCUGGCUGCCUACCGGCUGGAGCUGCAGGAGUAUCUGCGGUCUAAGAUGAGCCAAGUGGCUCCAAACCUGGCAGCCUUGAUUGGAGAAGUGGUUGGAGCGCGUCUGAUCUCCCACGCCGGCAGUCUGACCAACCUUGCCAAGUAUCCAGCAUCCACGGUUCAGAUCUUGGGAGCAGAGAAGGCCCUGUUCAGAGCCCUGAAAACACGUGGAAACACCCCCAAGUACGGCCUCAUUUUCCACUCGACUUUCAUCGGCCGUGCCGCUGCCAAGAACAAAGGUCGCAUCUCCAGAUAUCUGGCCAACAAGUGCACAAUCGCCUCACGUAUCGACUGCUUCUCAGAGUUGCCUACGAGCGUGUUUGGUGACAAGCUGCGUGAACAGGUCGAAGAGCGGCUGUCUUUCUAUGAGACCGGCGAUGUACCACGGAAAAAUGUGGAUGUCAUGAAGGAGGCUCUCAAAGAGGCUACUGAUGUUGCAGCUGAGAUCAAACGCAAACUAGAGAAGAAGGAAAAGAAACGUAAGAAGCGUGAGAAGAAGUUACAAGAACUUGAAGAAAAUGGAGAAGCUAACGGUGAUGCAGAGGUGGAGAAUGGAGAGGAGGACAACACUCUUAAGAAGAAGAAAAAGAAGAAACAGGCAGCUGAGGAGAUGGAAGCACAGGCAGAGGAGGCCCCCUCUGGAGAAAAUGGAGAAGAGACUUCAGCCAAGAAGAAAAAGAAACGAAAAGCGGAGUCGGAGGAAGUAGAGGAAGCUCCAGAUGCCGAGGAUGGAGCUGAGGAAACUGAGACUCCAGCGAAGAAGAAGAAGAAGCGAAAAAGUGAAGCUAUGGACACACAGCCAGAGGAGACCCCAGAAACACCUGUGACUGAAAAGAAAAAGAAAAAGAAGAAAUAAGAUGCUGCAGAGUAAAGAUGGGAUGUGUGGACAAUAAAAUUCUGUGUACAGUUUUUGUUUUUUUUAUUCAGAUAACCCCUAUAUGAGGGUGUUAACUGUAUAAGUCUAGUAUAUCAGUAGCUUUAUUGUACUGUCUUUUAUUUUUGUAAGAAUGCAGGUUAUUUUGCAAAUGAAUGCUUAUAACUGUGCCUUGGAGUCGGUAGUUUACCUGCACUUCUGAAAAUAAAUUGCCUCAAGCUUU